AUGCUUCGCCCUUCUUGCACCCUCGCCUUUCUCGCAUUCUUCAUCGCUCUCAUCACAGCGCUUCCUACCGAGCAUGUCCUCUGGAGCAGAGGAACCAUAAAGAGAGGCGGCUUUCUCAUGAGCGGGGACGAUGGGAGCGUCUACGUCGCACCGGCAGCAGCCCCGGCGCCUGCUCCGGCUCCGGCUCCUGCUCCGGCCCCGGCUCCCGCAGCUGCGCCAGCCCCAACACCACCCCCUGCGGUAAAUCCCGGACCUGCCGCGGGACCUGCCAACUACGCGCCUCAAGGGAACGCUCCACCCCCGAGUGGUGGCGACGACAGUGCCCAGGGCGCACCAAACAUCGUCGCCAACGCCUUCACCACCGUCACCAUCAGCCCCUUCCUCACGACUAGGACGAGUACAGUAGGGGGCAGUGUCGUCACUGUUCAGGCUCGCAUCUGA